UCCAAAGUACGGCUACAACACAAAGUUACGUGCAGACCCUGAAGGCAUCAGCAGCAGCAGCAGGUCUGAGUCCAGUGGAAAUAAGUGUGAUCAGAUCUGAAGAUGGAGGAGAGAACAGGACCUGUCACCCUGAAAAUAAUCCUCAUAGGGAACUCUGGGGUGGGAAAGUCCUCCUUCAUGAACAGAUAUGUCAGUCACCGCUUCACCAACAUGUACCGGGCCACCCUUGUGACUGACUUUCUUUCCAAAACGCUAAACCUGGGGGAGGACACUGUCACCCUGCAGAUCUGGGACACAGCAGGCACAGAGAGGUUCCAGUCCCUGGGAGCACCCCUGUACCGGGGAACCCACUGCUGCAUUCUGGUGUUUGAUGUCACGUCCAUGGACAGUUUCCGUGCCCUGGAGCAGUGGAGGAAGGAGUUCCUGAUCCAGGGAGAACCUCAGGACCCAGAAGAGUUCCCCUUCAUUGUGCUGGGAAACAAAACCGACCUGAACCAGCGGGAGGUUUCUCGCAGUCGAGCCCUGCAGUGGUGCGAGGAAAUAGGAGCAGAUUAUUUUGAAGGAAGUGCCGAACAGGACGUGGACGUGGACGGUCCGUUCCAAUGCGCAGCUCAGAGGGGCUUCAGACAGUACAAAAAACACACAUUGGAAAAUACAGGACAUUUCCAGAUAACCUGCAAACAGCCGAGAGAAACUCGCAACAACUGCCAGUGCUGAGAGCAGCACCGGUCCCAGCGGGGGGGGGAAAGUCCAGAGAGACCUCGGCACUGCUGAUGAUGACCUAUCUAACGAGGGCGCAAAAAGAGUGACCCAGCAAAGGUACUGUGGAAGGAAAGGACACAAUUGUAUACCACAUGGAGAGAGGAACAAACUCAGUAAAUGUUUUUUUUCUUUUUUUGAGAACCUUCAGCUUAUGGUCUAACUUAAGGCAUCACUACUAAAAUACACUGCUUUUGCAUGCAUGUCUAGUUUUGUUCAACAGACACACCGACACGCACAAAAUUAUGAAUGCAUAUGAAGAGAAAGUUCAGUUCUAGAAAGGAAAUCGGGAGAAAACCACAAACGGAAAACCAAGGUGCGAGCCAGAGAAAAAGGCGGCACGCGGGCACUUGGUCCUGAUCUUCCUGGCGGGUAGCGUCACAACCGAAGCGCCGCCCCUUACAAAGUAGAUAUACACUCAUGUCCGUUCAGAAACCUCCUCCCUGUACAAGUUUGUAUUGUAAUGAACGUAGCAGUGAUUCAGACUCCUACAGUGAAUCAGCUCGACAGAAGCAAAUUAGAACAAUCAGGGAGACUAUAUAUAUUUAUAUAUAUAUUUGUUUCUUUUAUAAGUAAAGACACAAAAGGCAAUCAAGAGAUGACCAACAUGUAAAAACAGUUUGUUACAGGUAAUUAUAUAAAAGGCCAAGAUGUUUUUGUUUUUUUGUUUCGUUUUUCUUUUUAUUCUUGCUCUAUGAACGAACUAAUUUACAAGUGAGUACACUCUGGCUAUGUAAGCUUUCCUCCCAAGACGUUCCCAUUCAAAGACAUACGCGCUUACAUGUCACAGUUCGCUUGCACACCAUCUGUAGUCUGAAAUACAGAGCCGUGAAAGAAAAAAAUGGAAAUUUAUUAAAUGGAUUCACAUACAUCAAUAGGAUAGGGAAAUCAUGUCUACUAAUAUAAUUUG